UGCGUGUGCUUUCUUUUUCUAUGGCCUGUAAGUUGGUAACAUGUACAGCGGACCAGUGUGAGAGGAGAGUGAGAUACAGGGGUAUUUAGAGUAACGAUUUUGAGAUCUUUAAAAUUAACUUGAAAACACACCACAGAAAAAACCCAGUAAUAAUUUUUGAAGGCUUCACAAAAAGGGAUUUAAAUAAUGUCGACCGAUCAGGUGAAUGCGCUUUGUGAACAGUUAAUCAAAGCGGUGAACGUUAUGAUGAAUGGAGAGUCCAGUCAAAGGUACCGACUGGAGGCUUUGAAGUUUUGUGAAGAGUUUAAAGAAAAAUGUCCCAUUUGUGUUGAAUGUGGUUUAAAACUAGCCGAAAAAAGCCAGCCAGCACUAGUGAGGCACUUUGGCCUUCAGAUAUUGGAGCAUUGUGUUAAGUAUCGUUGGAACAACAUGCAACAGGAAGAUAAAGAUUUUUUAAAAAAUGACGUGAUGGGAUUAAUAUCAACCGGUGUUUGUCCCAUUCUGGAGGAAGAGGGUCAUAUUAAGGAUGUUUUGUCCCGUAUUGUGGUUGAAAUUAUCAAGAGAGAAUGGCCACAGCAUUGGCCUGAUAUGCUGAGGGAACUGGAGUCUCUUACUAAACUUGGAGAAGUUCAGACAGAGCUGGUGAUGUUUGUCCUGCUGAGAGUAGCAGAAGAUGUGGUGACAUUCCAGACACUCCCUGCCCAACGUCGUCGUGAUAUCCAGCAGACCCUUUCCCAGUACAUGGAUAAACUUUUUGGUUUUUUCCUCAACAUUCUACAGCAGAAUGUGAACAAAUAUCGUAAAAUGAAAACCGAUCCAUCACAGGACAGCAAGGCUAAAGCUCACUGCCGUGUUGGGAUAGCAACACUGAACACCUUAGCUGGAUACAUCGACUGGGUGGCUUUAAAUCACAUUACAAGUGAUAAUUGUCGACUACUUGAGAUGCUUUGUCUUUUGCUUAGUGAAACUGAGCUACAGCUGGAAGCUGCUGAGUGUCUGCUUAUUGCAGUGAGCAGAAAGGGAAAACUAGAAGAUCGAAAACCUCUGAUGGUUUUGUUUGGUGAUGUGGCAAUGUACUACAUCUUUUCUGCUGCCCAGUCAGCACAUGGAGCAGGACUUACUGAAAGAAAGUAUAUAUUCUUGAAAAGACUGUGCCAGGUCAUGUGUGCCUUGGGGAAUCAGUUGGGUGCGCUUCUGGGUUCUGAUGUUGAUAUUGAAAUCCCCAACAACUAUGGCAAAUAUUUGGAAGCAUUCCUUGCAUUUACUACUCAUCCAAGUCAGUUUUUAAGGUCCUCUACACAAGUCUGUUGGGGCUCUUUAUUUAGACAUGAUGCUCUUUCAAAAAAUCCUCUUACCAUCCAGACAACUUUGAAGUAUUUGAGGGCCACUAUGACUAAUCUUGUUAAGGUUGGCUUUCCUUCAAAAUAUGAUAGCCCAAGCUGUGAAUAUUCACGUAUGGACUUUGAUGGUGAUGAAGAUUUUAAUGCAUUUUUUAACUCGUUCCGUGCUCAACAAGGUGAAGUGAUUCGCAGUUCAUGCAAGCUGGUUCCUAUGGAGGCUUUCCACAUGGCAGGAGAGUGGUUGCAUUAUCAGUUGAAUACAUCCAUUGAUGUUGGCCCAACUACUUCUAAAACUGCAGAAUGGUUGUGCUCAAUAUUUUCUCCAUCAUAUGUUCAAUGGGAUGCCAUGACAUUUUUCACAGAGAGUGUGGUCUGUCAGUUAUUCAGGGUUGUGGACAAAGAGGCACUUCCAUUAGAUGAUGGAGUAAAACUGCUGCAGGAAGUUCUGAAUUAUGAAACAAGAGAUCCACUGAUACUUUCUUGUGUUUUGACAAAUGUAUCCACAUUUUUCCCAUUUGUUAAAUACCGCACAGAAUUUCUUCCUCAGGUUUUGUCUAAGCUAUUUGCAUCAGUAACAUUUGAGGUGAUUGAAGAAAGCAAGGCUCCCAGAACUCGAGCUGUGAAAAAUGUGCGAAGGCAUGCAUGUUCCUCCAUUAUAAAGAUGUGCAGAGAUUAUCCACAGCUAAUACACCCCUGUUUUGAUAUGCUUUAUAACCAUGUGAAGCAACUGUUUUCAAAUGAAAUGCUCCUGACACAGAUGGAGAAGUGUGCAUUAAUGGAGGCACUUGUCCUUGUCAGUAAUCAGUUCAAGUGUUAUGAGAAGCAGAAGAUAUUCUUAGAGGAACUAAUGGGAGCUGUCUCCACACGAUGGCUGUCUGGUGAAAUGACACAAGUGCUUUCGGAUCCUGGAAUGUUUGUCUCCUUUGUUGGUGCUGACCAGACAAUAACUGAUCCUAUCACAGAUGAUCCGUGCGGAAUCAACAGAUCAAGGAUAAGCUUUUGUGUGUACACGAUUCUGGGCGUAGUGAAACGGGCCCGGUGGCCUCGUGAACUGGAAGAAGCCAAAGCUGGAGGAUUUGUGGUCGGGUACGCCCCCAACGGCAAUCCGAUCUUCCGCAACCCCUGCAGCGAGCAGGUUGGAAAACUUCUCGACAACUUGCUCGCUCUCAUAAGAACUCACAACAACCUGUUCUCACCUGAAAAUUCUGCUAGGCUUAGUGAAACUUUCUCUAAAGCCUUUGACAUGAUGGAGGUAGAGAAAAAUGCUGUACUGGGCCUGCCUCAGCCUCUGUUAGACCUAUAUGAUUCUCCUGUAUAUAAAACAGUACUGGAACGAAUGCAGGGAUUCUUCUGUACAUUGUAUGACAACUGUUAUCACAUUUUAGGUAAUGCAGGCCCUUCUUUGGAACAGGAUUUCUACAAUAUUCCCAGCCUUGCUGAAAAGUUGGUCAACUCUGCCUUUAUCAAUCUUGUGUUUGUUCCGGACUACCGUCUCCGGCCAAUGCUUCGUGUGUUUUUGAAGCAGCUUGUUGUCUCCUGCCCAGCAGAAUACUAUGAUAGUCUCAUUUGUCCCAUUCUUCGACCUCUCUUUUCUUUUCUUCUGCAGAGGCUUAAUCAGAAGUGGCAGAUCCUUAAUCAGAAAACAAGUGAUCUCUGUGACUCUGAAGAAUCUCUUGAAGAGGGUCAGGUAUCUCAAGAGAUGCUUGAAGAACAGCUAUUGCGACUAGUGACCAGAGAAGUUGUUGAUUUAAUCUGUGUUUGCUGUAUUAUGAAAAAAGGAGCAGAACCACCAGUUCCAAAAGAUGAUUUGGAUGAGGAAGAGAUGAUGGCUACAGAUGCUUCCCAUACUCAUGCAUCCGAUGAACUGACAGAGCUUGGAAAGUGCCUGCUGAAGCAUGAGGUACCUGGAGAUGGCACUCUGCUGGAACUUUACACAACACUCCUGACAAUUGCAUUUAGCAGCCUUUCCUGGAAAGACACAAUAACCAGCCAAAGAACUGCAAAUCAGGUUUGCUGGCCUUUGCUUAAACAGGUAAUUGGAGGUAAUCUGUUAGGUGAUGCUGUAUCCUGGUUUUUCAUAAGCAUUCUCCGAGGUUUGCAUGUGCAUGGGCAGCAUGAAGGAUGCAGUGUGGCUCUUACACAGCUUGCAUUUGUUGUUUAUGAGGCACUGAGACCUCGGUACAGUGAGCUGAAAGUAGUUAUGGAACAAAUCCCCAAUAUCCAGAAAGAAGACCUGGUUCAGUUCGACAUGAAAUUGAUGAACCAGUCACAACACAAAAUUUCAGAUAAAAAAAGAAAAGACUACUUUAAACGACUCAUCUCUGGAAGUUUUGGGAAACCUCUUGGACAACAAUUUAAGAAGGAAGUUCAUAUUAAAAAUUUGCCAUCACUCUUCAAGAAGACAAAGCCAGAAGCCCCGGAUAUACUCGACACAGAGAAGGUUGAGUUGAGCAGUCUGUUUACAUCCGCUGAUGACAUAUAACAAGGACUCCUCACUUUUAAUUGUUUACUGAAAUCGGCCCUGUACAUUUUCAGGUAACACCAUAUUAUAUAGGAUGACAUUGCACAUUUUCAGAUGGUUGCAUUCCACAUUAUUUUUGUUCCCAAUCCUUUUCAGCUGCAUAUUUUUGUUUCCUGUGGGAUUUUUUUUUAUUUUUUAAUAUUGCCUUUUUAGACGUUUUUGUACUGAAACACUAAGACACAAAAGACACAGAUUCAAAAAUGUGAAAGUGUGGAGUGCUGUUUAUAUUUUUAUUGCUGUUUUGAUUCCGAAAACUAAUUUUAAAAAGUAUUGUCUAUUAAAAAUAGUGUUACAAAUCUGUUUCAAAAUAAGUUAUUAAAAAAUCUUGUACUUUGAGCAGUUUAGUUAAUAAAAUUAAACCUGAUAAGGUACACUUAAAA